AUGCAUACGUAUAUUUCUGCAUUUCCUAGAGAUCGGUUCCACAAUGGGUUGCUUCAGGAUGGGGUGACGGUUGGACAAAGAUCGAUAAAGGGGAUUGAUAAGCCGCUUUUGUUUUGGGAUACCAGGGGAAGAAGCCAUGAGAGUCGAGAAAAAGAUUUCAUUGUGUUUUCUUGUGUUCGUUCGAACGAUCAUAGUAAAGUGGGGUUUGUUAGUGAUAGACGGAGAAUGAAUGUGGCAUUGACCAGAGCGAAAUAUGGGUUGAUAUCGGUGGGUGAUUUGUGGUGCUUGACAGCAGGAUCGUUAGAUUGGAGAGAUUAUUUAAGUAAUCUAAAAAAGCAAAAGUUCGUUCAUGAAGGGAAAAAGUUCAAGUAUUGA